GGUGGAAUUCCACCCAUAGGCGCGGGGGCUGCCGGGAUAGAGUUUUAAUAGCAACAAAUUAACUCAGGCAACUGCAUCAUGUCCCAGUUUCUUGGGCGGAGUAAACAAGGAGACAAAGGCUAUCAGCUGUUUCUGACAUUCAGUGAACUUACGAAGGACUUUCAUGUCACCAUUCUAAGGAAGAGGGAUAAAAUUGACUUUGAAGAAUAUCUUAAGGCUGUUGAAAAAAAAAUCAAAGGAUCACGUUGCGUUUGGAAUGGGAACUUCCAAGGAAUAGGUCAAAAUCCACAGGGCAAGAAGGUGGCAGAAGAAAAUGAUACUUCGAGAGAGGCUGGAUUAGGUCAAAAUCCAGAUGGCAAGAAGGUGGGAGAAGAAAAUGAUACUUCAGGAGAGGAAUAUCAAAGACCAAAUUUCUUUAAAGUGGAUAUGAAAUCAGGGUCACUCGAGGAUUCACAGCUGUUUGAUAAAGAAAAAAUUGAAGAAAUGAAUUUUGGGGAAAGCCAGAGAUUUAUUCUCCUAGCAAACUGCAAUGCUUCACGUAUUACCUCGAAAUUAGCAGUCAUGGACGGCAAAGACACAGUUCUUGAGGAUGAGAUUUCGAUUGAUUUAUUGGUCUCCAAUAGAAAACCGAGUGGAGAAAAAAUCGCCGUUGAAAAUUAUUCUGAUGUUUCAUGUGAUAGAGGGGGUUAUAGUGAACAAGAGCCAAUCAUGCCCUGAAGUCCCCUUUUUUUGUUCGGCUGUUGUUAUCUUUGUUUGUGUAAUAAAGCAAAUGAAAAAUAUUAACCAUC